AUGAGCCAGGUGCCUUUGCUCAGAGAUUCAGAGAUACUGCGAGAUCGUGGCCCACCGCUCAUUGUACAACCCACUCGAGGCACGGACAUCGCCAACGACGGUCACACCGAGGAGGCGCGGGUCCACACUGAGGCACCUCGUCACUACGUUUACGUUGACAACCUCGGUGUGCUGAGUACCUCGAAGGAGAUCGUUUCUGAUGCCUUAUCCCAGAUCAAGGGCAUCUUCGAGGCUCGCGGUCUCAGUCUGCAUCCUGGUGAAGUUCAAUCAGACACGAUAGACGCCCUUGGGUGCAGGCUUUCCGGGACUCGCAGGAAUGCUACUCUCAAGCCGACGAGAUUUUGGAGGCUACGACAGGGUCUUAGAUAUUUGCUGGGCAUGAAGUACGUCAGUGGGCGAGUUGUCGAAGUCGUUCUCGGUCAUUGCACGUACUGCUCCUUGCUGAAUCGUUCCCUUAUGGCCGUGUUCUGUGACUCUUACAAGUUCGUACGGAGUUGUUAUGACAGCCGCGUCCCGUUGUGGAUAUCGGUUCGCCAAGAGCUUCAGGCAUUCCUGGGUUUGCUCCCGUUGUGCACGGCGGAUUGGGCCAGAGAGUGGAACGACUUAGUCUCGGCCUCAGACGCUUCGCUCUCCGGCUAUGGGGUUUGCACGAGGAAACUUUCAAGAGACAUAGUUGGAGGCAUCGGACGAGUUCCGGAGCGUGAGCGGUUUCGGCGAGGGCCCGCACUUGGUGCGCGCGCCUCCGCCCUGGUUGAUACAGCCCUCGAGGAUGCAGAUGAUGACGAUCUUAGCUGUGCCAAUCUCAUCAAAGCCGGCUGGGAGGUCGACGCGAGCUUCCCCGAGAUACCGAGCCGCAUCCUCAGGAAAGACCUUUGGGAAGUGAAGUUGCAUGGCCAUUGGCUUUACCCCGACGGCAUUCUUAUCCUCGAGGCUCAGGCGCUGUUGAAGUCGCUUACAAGGAUUGCCAACACGUUUUGGGGACAAAACAUUCGACAGCUUUUAUUUGUCGACAACAUGGCUAUCGCUUUAGCAUUCGAUCGCAGCCAUAGCCGAAACUUCAAGGUUUUACGGAUUAUUCGAAAGUUUGCAGCGCUGUGUCUGUCGCGGAACAUCACAUGCAGUGUCCGCUGGAUUCCCUCCGAGUACAAUGCCGCCGACGAACCCUCCCGAAACGCGGCACCCCAGAACGCGCGGUCGUCCAAACCCGCCGCGAAGUCGUCAACACAGCAGCUGGCCCCGAGCAGUUUGCGACAGGUUCUGGUGUCAAGGGGAGUGGUGCAAACCCGGCUCCCUCGGAACGAAAAAGAACUACUCUCGAUCCGAGCGCUGGCCGGCCAGACCGAAGACACCUCUUCAAGCGAGACCGAGCCCAGCGCAGACGCAGACAAGGCCAACUCGCGAAGCAGACAGCUGGCUGCCCGACGCAAGAAGCGCCUCAGGAAGUACCUGGACCUGGCGUUCGACAGCGCGCAGCGUCAAACCACUUUGUUAGAGGCUCAGGCCGUGACACCAGGCGUGCAGAAGUACUACGCGAGGGAGGUGGAGGAGUUCGACCGCUUUGUGGAGCGCAAGGGACUCGCUACAACCGACGACACGGACGGGGUGAUCACGGAUUACCUCAACCACCUCUUCUGGCUUGGCGGGCCCUUCAAGGGCUGGCGCCGGAUGUGUCCGGCUCAAUCAAGAAAGCCCAUGCCGCUCGGCGUGUGGUCGGCCCUGGCGGUGGAGCUCAAGAAGAUGAACCAGACUCGUGUGGCGCUUUUCGUCAUGCUGGCCGUAUCGACGUAUGCCAGGCCCUCCGAGCUCCUCAGGUGCACUACCAGAUGCCUGGUUCGUCCGAGUGUUGGAGCCCUGAACGAAUGGGCUCUGCUGUUGGCAGCGCAGGAGUACGAGACCCCGACGAAGACCGGCGAGUUCGACCACUCGGUGGCUUUGGACUCGCCGUACCUCAAACCGUGGGCCACCGAGUUUUUCGAGGCACUGAAACAACAGCAGCCUACGUCGCUCCUUUGGGACUUCGAGUACCCCGAGUACCUCACAGCUUUCAGGGAUGCAAGCCAGCGGCUCAACCUCUCGCUGUCCCCUUACCAGACUCGCCACUCGGGCCCGAGUAUCGACCGGGCUCGCAACUUGCGCAGUCUGCACGAAGUGCAGAAGCGAGGCAACUGGAAGGCUCACAAGUCCGUGCUUCGGUACGAGAAGGCGGCCCGGCUUUCCUUGAGCUACCAGAGCUUGCCCCAGAGCCUUCGCGACCACACCGACAUAUGCGAGAGACAAGUCGGGAAUGUGCUCCUCAAUCGCGGUGUUGCCAACAAAUGGCGCAAACUGGGAUUCAGGGCUUAUGAGUACGACAUCAUUCACGGCCCUGGUUGCGACCUCACCGCGCCGGCAGUCCAG